AUGUUCUAUUAUCCAGCCGCCCCGCCAAACCUCAACUUGACUCCCGACGAGAAGAGAGUCUAUGGCCAGCUCUUCCGCCAGGCCGACACCGAUGGCGUCGGUGUCGUCACUGGCGAUGUCGCCGUCACCUUUUUCGACAAAACGCGCCUCGACUCACGUAUUCUGGGUCAAAUCUGGCAAAUCGCCGACAAGGAGAAUAGAGGCUUCCUCACGCCCACCGGCUUUGGCAUCGUCCUACGUCUCAUUGGCCAUGCUCAAGCCGGAUCCGAACCGACAAACGAGCUCGCACUACAGCCUGCCCCCAUACCGCGAUUCGAUGGCUUCGCGCUGCCUGCCGUCACCUCUCCUAUAACGGCCCAGCACUCCGGAACUCCGGCCGGUGCUCGCAUCCCCCCUCUGACGCCCGACAAGAUUACACAAUAUAGAAACCUCUUUGACCGCCAGCCUCUGCAAGCCGGUCUGCUCCCCGGAGAGCAGGCCCGCUCCAUCUUUGACCGAUCUGGCUUACCAAACGAGACUCUUGGCCGCAUAUGGGCUUUGGUCGAUACAGAACAGCGCGGAGCCCUCUCUGCGCCAGAGUUUAUUGUUGCCAUGCACCUGCUCACUUCGACGAACUCCGGUGCCCUCCGCUCGCUUCCCAAUGUCCUGCCACCCGCUAUUCUCGAGGUCGCUGCUGGCCGUUCACCCGCGAGACAGUCACCGCGUACUAGCAGCGCUGCGCUUCCCCGUCAGCUCACCGGGCAACUCACCGGGCAGCAGCCGCGUACGGGAAGCCCUCUUGGACCGGCUCCCCAAGUAGCUGGCGAUUGGCUUGUUACCCCGGCCGAUAAGGCGAGAUUUGACCAGCUAUAUGCAACUCUCGACAAGACAGGUGUUGGCUACAUUACUGGCGAGGAGGCUGUUCCCUUUCUCAGCCAGUCCAACCUCUCUGAAGAUGCAUUGGCCCAGGUCUGGGAUCUGGCAGAUAUCAAUUCACAAGGUCACUUGACUCGCGAUGAGUUUGCUGUUGCCAUGUACCUCAUCAGACAGCAGAGACUCAACCCCUCUACGCCACUUCCUGCUACGCUACCCCCUAAAUUGAUCCCCCCGAGUAUGCGUAGCCAGGCGCGCCAGUCCGCCGCCGGCUCGCCCUUCGACCCGCCGCCCAUGGUCAAGCCUCCUCCGCCGCAGCCGAAAUCUGCCAUGGACGACCUCUUUGGUCUCGACACUGCCCCCAUACCGCCGCCUCCCGCUCCCCGACAAGACCCCAUGUCCACUGGCGGCUCUGGGACCGACCCUUUCGCUGGUGGUUCCGCUAAUGCUGGCCCGUCCUCACCCCUCGGCAACACCUUCAAGCCAUUUGUGCCAAGCUCGUCUUUUGGCAGAGGUUUAACCACGCAUAACACUGGCUCGCCCGUCACCUCUCAGACCCCGAUAUCGGAGGACCUCCUAGCUGAUAACAACCCCGAAGAAAGCAGCAAGAUUACCGGUGAAAGCACCGAGCUUGCGAACCUCUCUAACCAGAUCAGUACGCUUUCCACGCAAAUGCAGGAGACGCAAUCCAAGCGCACAGCAACUCAAAACGACCUGAAUCAAACAAACACCCAGAAACAAAACUUUCAACAAAGACUUUCUCAGUUACGCACGCUUUACGAAAAGGAAGCCCAAGAUGCACGCGCGCUGGAGGAGCAGCUGCGAGCUUCCAGAGCUGAGACACAGAAGUUGCAAGGCGAAUGCAUGGCCCUCGAGGGUAACCUGUCUGAUGCCCAGGCCGAGCGUCAGAACAUUUUGACUCAGCUGCAGUCCUAUCAGCAUGAGAACACCACCCUUCGUGAGCGAAUUCGGGUAGCCAAUGCUGAGCUAACGCAGCUAAAACCCCAAAUUGAAAAGCUAAAAAUGGAAGCCCGCCAGCAGAAGGGACUGGUCGCCAUCAACAAGAAGCAACUUUUGACUACGGAGGGCGAGCGCGAUAAGCUCAAGACGGAAGCGGCAGAGCUCGGCAAACCGCCGAGCGAGGAAACAUCUCGUAGAGCAGAGCCUAGCUCCGCUAUCGAUCCUCCUGGUGGCGGAAUCACCAGCCCUGCGCUCUCGACAGCGAGUGGAAACAACCCUUUUUUCAAGCGCACUGCUAGUUCCGACAUGAUGGGCGUUUUCUCAACCCCGUCCGGCACGGAUGAAAUAUUUGGCCCCUCUGCCGGUGCUUCCGGACAGGGCCCGGCUCCAUUCCGACCGCAGACCACCGGAAACUCGUCUACGAGUGCUGGAUCUUUCAUCACUCCGCCCAGUGGGACACCAGUCCUGAGCCGACAGACUACUCUCCGCGUCGACAACCCCCCACCUCCUCCAGAGUCACGGCAAAUUAGCUCCAGCCUCCUGCCUUUAGGUGGCCCAGCCGAGUCUGUAUCCUCUUCUCGUCAUGUGUCCCCGCCGGCUUCGCGUGCUGGUGGCUCGGUUACCGAUGGGCCCAGUGUUGUCAGCCAGUCAAGUGAAGAGGCGAGUAAAGAAGAGGAGGUGAAGACUCCUACGGCGGACGAUGGCAAGGCUGUGGCAAGCCCCGGCAAGGACAAGUCAGCACCGUUUAGCGACGACCAGGAAAAGGCAAAGGCUGACUUUGAUAAUGCUUUCGCGGCCUUUACUUCUACCAAAACUGCUGUUCAUACGGACACUGCAACGCCCAAGGCCAAGUCGGCAUUCGACACUGAAUUUCCCCCAAUCUCCGAGAUUGAGCGCGAUGAUGAGUCUGACUCCGAAAGCGAGCAGGGCGGAUUCGAUGACGACUUCGCCCCCACUUCCCCGGGGAAGAACAAAACUGCUCAAAAGGCCGCUGUCCCCGUCGCCGAACAGAACGAAAAGCCUGCUGAAGCUCCAAAGGAAGAGAAGCCCAUCGCGCCGGCUACCGUCACCGCCCCCACGGCUGUUCAAGAAUCAUCCGUGGACGACAUCUUUGGUCCGUCUGCUCCGACUGCCAACGCCACGGCUCCCGCUCCUGCUGUGCCACCCAAGGUUGGCGCAUUCGACGACUUGGAUGAUGACUUUGAGGGGCUAGAAGAAGCCAAAGAAGGCUCUGCGGAUGACGACUUUGCCAACAUUUCCCGAUCUGGCUUUGAGGACUACAACGCGGCAUUUGAUAGCCCGCCCUCCAGUCAGCUCAAGAGUGACCAUGGCGCCUUUGGCAACGAAAGCAGCUUUGACUUUAUUCCAUCCAACCCGGCUGGCGCCGACUCGUCCAAGAACGCCGAGUCUCAUGACUGGGAUGCCAUCUUUUCUGGACUUGACUCAGCCGACCCAAUUGGCAGCACGACCGCCGACACCAAGAAGGAUGAGGGCAAGACGACGGACCGCCCUCCAGGGAUCGGCCGCGCUCUCACUGACAAGGGCGAGCACGAUGAUCCGAUCCUGAAGAGCCUGACCGGCAUGGGAUACUCGCGACCUGACUCUGUCGGUGCCCUGGAGAAAUACGACUACGACCUGGAGAGGGCUGCCAACUACCUCGCCAGCAAAUCUUAG